AAUCUGUAUUCUGUUGAUCAUGCUCUUUGUUCUUCUUAUUACUGUUUUCUUUUUGUAAAAACAAAAACACGGAGAGGAAAGGACCCUAAGAAAUAAAGGAAACAAAGAAAUGCCUUUUAUUUUUAUUCUUACCAUCUUUUAGCGGUGUCAGAUURGGUGGUUCAACUUCAGACUGAACUUUCCAGAUGAUUGUUUGCCUGUGCGCUCAUCUGUCUGAUUUCUGCUGCAGAUACAUCGGCCUUUGAGCCGAUGAGGGUUAAACUUWAAAGUUUGAGCUGUAGGAUCGAGGUUACAGAUGUAUUUAGUACAGCUGAGUCCAUAUAUUCCUCAUUGUUGAUAGAAUAAAGGUGAAAUGUCCCGAUAUAAUCUUCUCUUACGUAGUGGUGUGUGCUUAUUUUAGGUAAAAACAUAAAAACAUUCAGAGGAAUGUUUCAGAAAAAUUCAGGUUCAUUGUUCUGUUUAGAAACCUGCAGAUUAAACCUCAGUGCAGCUGCUUGUCUCUGGAAUCAUGUUCCAAAACUGUACUUUUGCCCURAAUGUCAGCAUGAUCUAAUGAGGUUGUUUUAUUACAACAUUUAAAACCAGACUAAWAAUGAUUUGAAAAAUGUCAUUUAGAAUAAUAGAAAGUAAAACAAGAAAAUUGUUUCGGCAAGCAGGAAUUGGAUACAUGUUAAAAGGGUGUCUGAAAUGUAAUUAAACCUUUWUCACUUUAAACAGCUGUUUUCUGACUAAGUAUUUUAAAAAAUGAAUAUUACUCAUUUUGUUGAACUGUAAUGAAACAAAAMCAGCUGAUGUCUCACCAGUUAUUUUUCUAGAAUUUUUAAGUUUCACCCAAUUAAAAAUCACUUAUAAAUGUAAUUUUUUGAUUGAUUAAAACUUUUUUUAAGUCAGAGUGCACGUGUUUGUUAAAUCACAGACUUAUUACGUAUAACUCUAAAUCUGCAUUUUUAAUAAAUGACCACRAGGUGGCGCAUGUUUACAUGUUAAGAAUGCAAUGCAUUAUAUUACUGUGGUGAUCGUUUAAAGACAAAUAUUUACUAUUUGAUUCUUUGUGAUUUUCUUUCAUUUUUAACGUUUUAACAAAGUUGUUUUCUAAAGGAUUAAAAAGAUUAAUAAUAAGGCCCAAAUUCAUAUUGUAUGUUUGCCACUGGUACAACAUAAUGAUCCAAUUAGCUUUCAUUGGAGGUGGUGAGUUUAUUUCUAUUUAUUUUUAUUAAAAUAAAUGUGAAUGUAAUGUGUAAACAAAGGGAGUGUGGUCAAAAACAAAGCUGCCAGUUGCAAAAUAACAUUUUCAGCUAAGCUGGAAAAGUACCCUUGUUCAGCCAGGAUAACUUCUUCCUCAUGUUAGUAAAAUUUCAUGCCUCUUCCCACACAGUUUAGGGUCAAACACAGGUGGUGUUAAUAAAACGUAACUACUUUAUUCAGAUUGCUUCCAGUGAAAGAAUUCAUUUACAUCUUAAGUUUGGUUUGACUUUAGCUASAGUGGCAGGCGGAGGCCUCCAGCAUUGUUGUCUCACUGCUCCAACAAAAUGCUAAAUAACUUAAAAAGAAAGGGCAGAAACUUAAAAAAACGUAUCGUAUCACUCAUUCAAUUUCCCCCAGAGUGAGAAAACUCAGAGGAUUCAUUCCUUGUGAGAUCUGCAGAAAAUUGUUGAAGAAGAAGAAGCGCCGACAUCCUGCUGUGAUGCUGAUGAUGGUUUCACACCGAUCUGCCUCAUCACAAGUCACCUGCAAGAAAAACUAACAACUAAUACUACACAUAAUUAUAAAAUCUGCGCUUUUUUCACCCUUAUCACACAUUUGUACUUCCUUUAACCUGCUUAGAAUUUAAUUAUUAAAUUUUAGUCAUAAAGUUGACUAAUUUUCUUCUCAAAGUGAGGAUUUAUUUCAGACCCCAUGCUGACAUUCAUUUUAGCUAAGAGUCCUAAUAAAAUGAUUGUAUUCUGUUGAACAAAGAGCUAAAAUCUAACAGAAACUGAAUUCUGAAAACUAUGAGUGGUUUGCUGAUUAUCUGAAGUGGAGAAAAGGUUUCCAGUUACUGUUUCUAUCAUCUGUCAGGAGGCUCCUCGCCUCUCAGGAUCUUCCUCAGUAAGCACAUUCACUCUCAGGCUGCCCAUUCAUACUUCGUUGCACCCCUCAUUUAAARCAUGUCAUGCUCAAGAAUAGAAAAAAAUAACACAGAAACUUAUAAAAUAACUCUUGACACAACUGCAUGUUUUUUUAAAUGCAUUUUAAGAACCUUAUGACCCUUAAAGGAUCAUUCUAACCAUCUGACAUGUAUUCUUUAAACAGGAUGUUGGCAUGCUGCAUUCACAAAACUAUAACAGCAGUCAGGCUAUUUUUAUAUGAGCCACAUACUCUCCCUCCCACAAACCAGCUGCACUCCUUUUCUUGGCUCAGAAYCUUUGAGUAAGGAAGGAGACCAGCUCACGUAGCUGAACUCAGCCAUGUGACUUUUCAAAACGUCCACCURUUAAUCAAAAAUCUGAGUUAUGCAACUAUGAACCUGCACUGAUUUUACCUGUUCUGUAUUUAUCAUGAACAUCUCAUCUGUUAGUUUCUCCUACAACAUGCAGGAAAAUCGUGUUUCUCGCUGGUAUUUUGGUGGAGUCUCUUCCAGUGCAGCUGCUUGCUUAACACACCCACUGGAUCUGAUUAAGGUGCACUUACAGACGCAGCAGGAGGUGAGGGUGAGGAUGAUCGGGAUGACCGUGAACGUGGUGAGAAGAGAAGGUUAUCUGGCUCUCUACAGCGGCCUCAGUGCUUCUCUCUGCCGCCAGAUGACAUAUUCUCUGUCACGGUUUGCCAUUUAUGAGACAAUCAGGGACAGGAUGCAUAGUAAAAACAAAGGUUUAAUGCCUUUCUAUCAGAAAGUCCUUCUUGGUGCAUUCGGAGGGUUUACUGGAGGCUUAAUUGGGACACCAGCCGACUUGGUGAAUGUCCGAAUGCAAAACGAUGUCAAACUGCCAGCCGAGCUCAAAAGAAGCUACGCUCAUGUGCUUGAUGGGCUGAUACGUGUUUGGAAGGAAGAAGGAAUUUUUAAAUUAUUCUCUGGAGCUACGAUGGCUUCGACUCGAGGAGCUCUGGUCUCUAUUGGACAGCUCUCCUGUUAUGACCAGUCCAAGCAGCUGGUUCUGGCUACAGGGUGGGUGUGCUACCAUCCUGUGCCAACCACUGGACGUUGUCAAAACACGAUUAAUGAACUCAAAGUUGGAAUACAGGAGUGUGUUUCACUGCCUGACAGAAACAGCAAAGCUCGGCCCGAAGGCGUUCUACAAGGGUCUCGUUCCAGCAGCCAUUCGCCUCAUCCCUCAAACGGUCUUCACUUACAUAUUCCUCGAGCAGCUGAAGCAGCACUUUGGUCUGGUGGUCGUCACCUAAGAACGUCAGAGGAAGGCCUCGCAGCUCUGCUGUUGUUGGACAGCUUGUUCUGUUCUCACUCAGAAAACGGAUUUAGGGUCUAAAGGAGGCAAAUGACGUCCGAGAUGAGUCACAUUAACUCCAUCCAAGACACAAAGUGAAAGUAUGUAAGGACUUUCCAAAUAAGAUGCAGAGGUGUUUAUGUUUUCUGAAUUAAAGAUUCAGAUAAUUUUAAAUAUUAACUAAAGUGGCUUUUAACCUGUCAUGAGCUGAACAGUUAUAAAUGUAAUCUAAGGAAUUUCUAGGUCAAAUGUGGGUUAACUGACUAAAAGAGAAAACUCUUUUAGGACCUUCUCUGCCCUCUUGGGGACAGUGUUUCACUCUUACUGUCAGAGAGUUGCACAUUUACUUCCAUAGAAGUGUUAACUUCUAUAGAUUAAAAACUUCCAGACAAGAGAACAAGCUUUCAGGACAAUAAAAAUAAUUAUUGUUAUUAUUAAAAAAAACAGUCUUUUGAGUAGAAAGAGUUGGCUUGUAUUUUUGAGGCUUCACUUUAAUACUUUUCCAAGUAUUAUUUUCAAGAGUAUUCCCUCGUAGCAUGAUGUUUAAUCCAUCAUCUGGAAUAUUUUGUGCAGAACUGUGCCUGAAUUAGUGUCAGUAUUUGAGUCACGGCUCAUAAUGAUUUCAAAUUGGAUUUAAAAUAAAGAUAUUUUUUUGAUAUACUGUCAUUCUGUUUUCUAAAUCUUGAAAAUCACUGUGCUUCUCUCUAAUAUAAGUGUGCAUAAUAAUAUGUACUAUAAGAAUAGCUCUAAAUGUUUUGGUUGUAGAAGGACUCUCAUAUUAUUUAUAGAUAAUGGUGAUGUAACAUAAUUGAGUUAAACGUGUAAAAAAGUCAUCUGUGGUUAUUAUGGAGCAGAAAGAACAGCACGAGGACAGACUGCUGYUCAGUAAUGACAGAUAAUGUGUCGUAUAAGAGGAGGAUAUUUAUAAUACAGAUCCAGAUUUAGAUGUUUCCUCUAAUUCACUCGGUUGCCUCAGAUAUUAGGGAUCUAAUAAUUAACUCCACAGAUGCACGCCCACCUCAAACAAAUUCAUUCCUUUUUUUCAGUUUAUUUCAUUUACAUUUUGGGAGAUUAAUAUAUCAUAUUUUGUUCUACAUUGCAUCCCUGAUGUUAUGUUUGAAUGACAAUAAAGCUGAUUCGGAUUCUGAGCACAAAGAGAAAUGAUCUGCAUUUUUCAUGAUCGCAGGGUUUACAAAUGUGAUUUUUGUCGCUUCAAAAUGCAAAACAUGCUGGAAGUUUGUGCUGAAAACUGUUUUCGUGUUUAGAAAGAAAAUAUGAAUUUAAAAAAGGCAUCCUGAAUAAACAUUUUCAGACAUCAUUA